AUGGCAAUUCUUCACACCGAUUUAGCGACUGGCAUCGGUCUCAUUGGUGGGCUAGCAUUACUCGCUACAGGACUGGGUUUCUACGUACUAGUUCGCGCUAUUUACGGUGUAUUCUUCCAUCCACUCUCCAAAGUUCCUGGGCCAAAGCUAUAUGCCAUCACUCAGCUUCCGUAUCUCUAUUACCUAACUCGAGGCCGAUGGGUAUAUCGUUUGAAGGAGCUGCAUGACCAAUACGGCCCUGUGGUUCGAUAUACUCCUACCGAUGUGUCUUUUAUUACUGCCGAUGCUUACAAGACAAUCUACGGUCACAAGACCGGUGGGGCAAAGGAAUUUGACAAAGAUCUGCGGAUUUACCGACAGAACCGUCCUGCUCAAAAUCUUAUCGUUUCAAAACACGAAGACCACAAGCGCCAGCGGAAGCUUCUUUCCCAUGCGUUUUCCCACAAGGCUCUCCGCGGUCAAGAAGACCUUCUGAAGCGCUACGUGGAUCUUUUCGUCGAGAGGCUUACCCAGAAAGCGAGAGAAGGGGAGGCCGUCGAUAUGGUAGCUUGGUACAACUUUGCUACCUUCGAUCUGAUCGGCCAUCUCGCUCUAGGCCAGCCAUUCGGGUGUCUUGAAACCGGAAAGUACCACCCCUGGGUUAGCAAAAUUUUCGGCAGCAUCAAAGCCAUUGCCUACAGCCAAGCCGCGAUCCGUCUUGGCCUUCGGAACUGGAUGGCGACCUUCACCCCAGCGCACUUGAUGAAGGCCGCAAAAGAACAUUUUGAGUUCACUGAACAUGCAGCUGGCGCUCGUCUUGAUGUUAAGGAUACGAAUAGUCAGGAUUUUAUGUCAUACAUUCUUCGUUACAACGAUGAGAGGGGUAUGUCUAGGCCCGAAAUCAUUGAGAACGCUUCUCUUCUUAUUGUCGCCGGAAGCGAAACCACAGCAACGUUGCUCAGCGGUGUCACAUAUCAGCUUUUGACCAAUCCCGAGAAGUACGACAAAUUGGUCGAUGAAAUUCGCUCUUCUUUCUCUACAGAAGAUGAAAUCACAGCUACCCGAGUGGAUCAACAGAAGUAUUUGCUGGCAGUGCUCUCCGAGGGCCUUAGAAUGUAUCCUCCUGUACCUGGUGCGCUUGCGCGAGUCACCCCAAGAGGAGGCGAAUUUGUGGAGGGUUAUUGGAUGCCUGAAAAUACUGGAGUAUCUGUGCCUCAAUUGCCCGCUUACAGCUCAUCAACCAAUUUCAAAAACCCUCAGGAAUUCGUACCAGAGCGUUGGUUAGAUGAUCCUCUGUACGCCAACGACUCUAGGGCUGUCCUCCAGCCAUUCUCUAUGGGACCCCGAGAUUGCAUUGGCAAAAAUUUGGCCUAUGUUGAAAUGCGCCUUUUGCUUACUCGAUUACUUUGGAAGUUUGAUGUUGAGAUCAUGCCUGAGAGUAGGAACUGGGGGGAUCAAAACAUUUAUCUUCUUUGGGAAAAGAGUAAUCUCCAAGUCAAGCUGACUGAAGCUGUCCGAGAAAGCAAGUAG